GUACACGCAUGUUAUGGUGCGGGGUAUCCUUAUUCAAUUGCAACAUCUACUAUGUAUACGUUGCUCGAGGUGUACAGGGCCGUCGCGGCAGCACAAAGGCUUGCUCACAAUGCGACCGUAAUAAUGUUCACCGCGUCUUGUCCAAAAAAAAAUCAAACAAAU